UCUAUAGUGUGCAAAUCAUUAAACAUGCUAUUCCGAUAUACUGCUGGGGAGGCGGUCAAAUGAGAAAAAUCCAUUUAAUCUUUGGGUUAAUGGUAUUCACUUAUUCAAAAAAUAAAAGAAGAAAAAAAAAAGGAAUUAUUAGCAAUACACUUUAGUGUUUUAUAGAUAAAAGUGAGAAUACUUGGGCUCUUGGGUGCACAUUUAAAAAGGUACUUGCAAAUGCAUUUAAUGUCAGUCUUUUGGGAUGAAUCAUUUCAACUUAAAAACAUCUCAGUUAUGAUGACAGUAAAGAUCUAUUUCCAUCCCUAGCUAUACUAUCCCUAAAGGUGAUGAUGAUGAUGAUGAUCUGAGGAGGAGGAGGGAGAGGAGGGGGAGGGAUAUCACCAGUUAAUAACCCCAGCCUCCCGCUGUCAGCAUCAUGAUCGCAGAACGUGCCGGGACCCCUUCACCAGCGGAGCCGCGUCGGGAUGACUGUCCGCGGGCAGAGCUGCAGCCCGGUGACGCUUGACAUUUCCUCCAUCCAGUAGUUCUCCAGAGCAGCGGCUGGAACCUUGGCACAAACACACACACACACACACACACACACUCUCACUCACACACACUCUGAGCGAGGCUGCCUCUCCGGCGCGCACUUUGCUCCGACACAUUCCUCCGAGGCUUCUCCUUCCUUCCUUGCUUCCAUCUGGGGAUUUGAAACUUGCGGGACUUUACCGUCGCAGGCAGAGAGCAAACAGGAGGCGGACGGACGGAUAGAGUCGGUGAAUGUAGCGGCAGGCUGGGUGGCUGUCUGCGGGGCGCACAGCGGUGCUGCUGGACCAGCCGAGGACGCACCAAGUCCCGUCCCACAUCCCCGUUUUAACCCUCCUCCGGUGUCCCGAACACAGCAAAGAUGAUUCUCCUCGGGAUUGGGCUUGCUCUGUUCUUCUCAGGUGUGUUACCAUCCUCAGCGCCCAUCUACCCCUACCCUCCCGCCCCCACUGACUGUGUUGAAGCUCAUCGGGUGUGCUCUGCCGACCCCCGGUGUGAGGCGUUAUACCGGGGCUUGGAGCUGUGUGCAGCCGAUGCAGCGGUCUCUCCACUGGGGGAGCAGGUGGCCGCGGAGUGCCUGGAGAGACAGGACGCUCUGCUGGCCAAACACCCCGCUCUGUUGUCCUGCAAGUGCCAGCGCGGCCACCGCAAGGAGGAGCAGUGUCUGCGCAUAUACUGGAGGGUUCGCCUGCUGCCAGGGGAAGAUGAACUGGAAAUAUCUCCCUAUGAUGACACGCUAAUGGAUACUCGCAUGGCCUCCUUAGUGGCAGCCUCGUCUUUCAUGCAGCUGGAUGGUGAGAACCAUUGCCUGAAGGCAGCACAGGACUGCGGCUUGUACGAGAAGUGUGGUUCUCUGCGAUCAGAGUACGUCCUGGCCUGCACCAAACGGGUGACUGGGACUAACCGAUGCAACCAGCACAAGUGCCACCGGGCCCUGCGACGUUUCCUGGAACGCGUGCCCGAGGAGUACAGCCUGGGUGUGCUGUUCUGCCCCUGCACCAACACCCUGUGUGGUGAGAGAAGGAGGAAAACCAUCGUACCCUCCUGCUCCUACCAGGAGAUGGAGGGCCUGCAGCCACACUGCCUCCACCAGCAGAGCUUCUGCCGCCGAGAUGACCUCUGCAGGUCCAGACUGGCUGAUUUCCUUAAUAACUGCCAGCCAUCUCCUGUGACGGCCAGCGGCUGUCUAAAAGACUCAGCAGGCCUGUGCCUCCGAGCCUACGCUGGACUUAUCGGUACCAUCAUGACGCCCAACUACAUCAGCAACAGCUCUGCAGACGUGUCGCUGUGGUGCAACUGUGAAGGCAGUGGCAACCAGUGGCAGGACUGUCUGAGACUGCAGCGCAUGUUCACCAACAACAACUGCCUGCGUAACUCUAUCAGUUGGAUGGGGAGCCCCGGCUCCAUGCCCGCAGACAUCACCCGCCCUCCUCCUCCAAGACCCUCCCCGCUAGUACAGGAGGAUGAGCUGCUGAGCAACAACCACCUGCCUGAACACAACAUCAUUGUGGUGGAGAGCGAGGAAGACGAGGAACUGACACAGACGGAGGGGGAGAGCAAUGAAGGUGGCCAGUUUGACGUCAUCCCGCUGUACUCAGAGAGGGCCACCGUCUCCAACCUGGGCUCCACCGAUACAGGGGGGGCUGCCUUUAUCACUGUCCCUCCCAAACCCAUACUACUGCUCCUUCUGCUUCUGUCCACCUUCCUCAGCUGGGCCUAGAACAGAGGAUGUAGAGAAGACACACACACACACACACACACACACACACACACGUACAUGCAUAUGCACACACUCAGAUAUUGGACUUGCCAACAAUCCUGGACUGAUGGCUGUAAUAUUAUAGGAAGCAUUGUGAAGAAAUGGACUUCACAUUUGGUCAGUAGCAUCCCCUUGAUUCCUCACGUCUGUCCUUGCCUCCUUACUUUCCUCCUUUGAAAAUGGCACUUUGUUCAACAUGGUCUGACUGCAGCUGCAGUGGUGUACUAAUGUCCCAGGAGCACAGGAGACAUGGUUGUGGUAGGGUGUUCACAUGGCGCCAUCAACCAAUGAGCAUAAUGUAGCUGUUCCUGUCGUAAGGUCCAGAAAGACUCAGUUAGUUUGAGGAGCUUGCUGGGUUGUAAUCACACAAACAUUAGCAGGCCAAGGUGUGUUAGCAGGACAAAAUAUUGGCUUUGUGGACAUGUUGCAUUCUUGCCAUAUCCAGACAGUAACUGCAAGCAGCUGAGUUGAAAAAAUGUUCAUGUCUGCCUCCUAAUUUUGAAUCAGCAGUGGUAGAUGAGUUUCUAACAGCUAUGAUAUCUCUCAGUUGGCGAAAAGAAAUAACCAAAUGUCCACAAACUGGUGCCAAAAUGGCAGCAAAGCCACCAUUGCUGGCAGUUUAACAAAUACAACACAUAACAUUAUGAUUAAACUCAAUGCAACUAUUUAAAAAGAAGCUGCAGUGCUUACACAGUUAAUGUCUGGUUUAACUUAUUAGCAAGAUGCUACAUGUACCAAAAUAAAAGUAGCCUAGCUAACUAGCUAUUUCCGUUUAUCUGGUGUGCCUAUAAGGAUAGCAGAGGAAGUAACCGUCUUAAAAUAAGGUGUGAACUCUCACAAGUCCUAACAAUAGGGCGCUCUCCUGUUUUUACAGUUCUGCGUAGCAUACAAUGCACUUAUCACUUUACCGUAGCAUACUGUACCACGCUAACAAACGGUUGUGCUAACAAACAAAACAAAUGAUAGCAUUUUAGGCAGACGGCACACAAAAGCAACAACUAUGAUGUUGCAUACUGUUGUAAGCUUUUAUGUCAAUUUGAAUUUAAUUUAUUUAUCAAUUGUGCAAUAGCUAAUUUCUGUGUAAAAGGGGUUGAGUUGAAAUAAUGAGCAGUCCCAAGCUGACUAGUGAGCUAGCUACCUGUAUCAGCUUUGCUAGAACAUAUUUAAAAUGCUGGCUAUACAGAAACAUGCUCCAAACUGAACUUUUAAAACAUAGAAAAUAAAAAUCUGAAAACAUUGGUACACAUAAUGUUGCAAGCAAGCGUUUUAGCAUGCUAAUAAACUUAGCUAGUUAAAGGAUACAGUGUAACUUUUAAAUGUUUUUUUAUUUAUUGCUACUUCAGAAUCAACCACUGGCUCCAGAUAAUUCUCAACACACAUUUUUAAUUUUAAAAAGAGAGAAGAAAACACAUUUCAUAGCAUGUCUCUGGAGUCAGAGCAGAUGAUGGGCCAGGGAACACAAUAAAUAAAGGAUGUGAGUGGUGUAGCAAACUGGGUGCUUGGAUGUGAACACCCCACACAUACAGAAAUUCCCCGCGGCUACAGUCGGACCUUGUUGUUAUUUUGUUUUUGUGUUGUUUUUUUAACUUACUGAUGGAUGAUGAUUUGUCUCACUGGCUGCGACUUACCUGUCUAUGGGUCAUCUUAACAGUGACUGAAGGGGGAAGGGGCGUUGAUGUACGAGGCAUCAGUCAACUUUAUCACGGUGAUAAAUGGAGCGAUCCUCUUCUCCCUGCCGCCGUCACUAUGCUACAGCCACGGUGAAUGACAAAUUACACACUUGUCUCUCAUUGUUUAAUGAACGUCAAGUGCCAAGUGCGUGAUGUGUGUGUUUGUGCACGCGCAUGAAGGGAUCAGGCAGAGAGAUUGCAAAGAAAAUUGGGUAAAGCUUUUUGUUAUAAUUUGAGUCUUGCACUUCGUCGUUCCCACCCACGUCAGCACAGCCACACAUACUGUACAGACACACACACACACGCACACAUUUGCACACAUACUGCCUGCCAUGUUUUGAGCCGAUGCAGCUCUUUCUUGCUUUAUUGCUCUAUCCCCAUCCCUAUCUCCCUCCCCGGUGACUCGGGACUGGGACCCGAGCUGCCACAGGCACCGAUAUGAAUAAAGCCGUCAUAAUAAAAACAACACACCAGAAACAAUAUGAGCUCUAAAACGGCAGAACAAAUCAAAUAGCUCCCCAGCAGGCGAAAAACACACGCUACUUCUGACACCGACACAGAGACAAAAUGAAAAGAGUUUGAGAACGAGUGGGAGAGAGAGAUGUAUGGAGGAGAAAUUAAGAAAAAAAAUAAGGCCAAGUCCCUGUGUGGUCUUUGUGCGUUUGAUGUUUUACUUGUUUUUAGUUGGGAGGCUGAUAAUCAGUCCCUGACAACAUCUCUUUAUCAUCUGACAGGCUCCUGGGGGGGAGGAGUGUGUGUGUGUGAAUGUGUGUGUGUUGGUGGGGGGGUGUAGUGAUAGAAAUAGAGUGCUAUAGCGAGAACAGAAAGGACCCUGGAGCACAAACAUAGCAGAGAGAAUCGCCGGCUCUUGAUUUUCUAUGUCUUAUAAAUCUUUUGCUGACACUAAUUUUUUUUCCCUUUCCUAUUUCUUGGGAGUGUGUAAAAUUAACUUCCAUCUGCAGGGGCGCCAGUGAUGGUGGAGGGCAAAGAGACAGAGGAGGGAGAGAGGGAAGGAAGGAAGGAAGAAGGAAGGGGAGAGCGGGGAGGGAGAAGAUGAGAAAGAAGGGGAAGACAUGGAAAAGAGGGAGCAUGAGGGGAAACAAAGAAAAGGAAAGCAAGGAGAGGAUAGGAGAAAAAAGAGGAAACAAAUAGGAGGGAGAGGACGAAAAAAGAGGGAGCAUGAAGAAAAGAUAUAAGUAAUAAAGAAGAGGAAGGAAAUGAGGGAUGGAAGGAAGAAGGAAGAAAAGGAACAAUUGAGACAAAGAGAAAAGACAGAAGAGAAGCAGAAACAAAAGAGGGGGUGAGCAGACCUGGAAACAGAAGAGAAAAAGAAAUAGGAGAAUAGAGGAAGUAAAUAGAGGUGAGGAGAAACAAGGGAAAUAUGAGAUAGGGAGGAGUGGAAGAAAUGCGAGGAGAGGAGGAAAAAGAAGGAAAUGCACACUGAAGGAAAAGAGGGCUUAAGAAGAGGAAGGAUGAGGAAAGGAAGUUAGGAGGAAAGAGAAUGCAAAAAAGAGAGGGCAGGAAGAAAGGAAAGAUCUAGAAAGAUGCACAGUGAGAUGAAGAGAUGGAGAUAAGAGAUUAGGCGGACAGAAAGAAGAAAAGAAGAGUAACAAUUAAAAAAGGAAGGGAGAGAAUAAGGUAAGCAAAAAAGGAGGGAGAAUGAGAGUUGAGAAGAACAAAAGGAGAAAAGAAUAAGAGAGUGGUGGAAACAAGGAGUGGAGGAAAAAGUUGAGAGAGCUGAAUGAGAAUAGAAAAGAGAUGGGGGUGGGCAGAAAGGAGAAGGAAGGGUAAAAGAGGAAGAGGAGGCUUGCUUUGUGAGGCCACCAAGGAAACAAACUACAAAGGGAAUAAAAGGAUGGGGAGAGAGAUAGAGAGAGAGGUGACAGGUCUGCAGUGUACUUUAACCUCUCUUUCUCUUUCCUCUGCCACUGCUGUUGUAUACACACACACACACACACACACACCAUCUUAAAGGCCUUUCUAUGUGAACACACCCCUCAGACAAAGCGUCUGUCAGUCAGCGAGCUGCGAUAAGAGAGAGUAAAGCUCUGUUGGCUCACCUCAGACACUUCUUUAAACAUUUAGCAGGCUGAGCAGUAAAUACUGAUGUUCUGUGAGGAGUUUGCCAAAGUAUUAACGAAGAGUCAUAAACAGCAAUCAGGCGCCGUAAUCUGACAGAAGAUCCUGAUUACAAUGAAACAUUCAUUCAUUGUAAUGACUGCAAGUGUCAGUGAGGUGUUUUCAUUGCACUUUACAGGGAAUCAACAGACAGCUUUGUAAAGGUUAAAGAAAUGCCUUACAACAUCCGACUUAAGUAUAAUUAGUGGUCAAAUUCAAGGUUAAAUUCUAUAUUUUUCUUACUGUCAGUAAAUCCCAUCAACAGACCCAAACCAACGAUGUAUGUAUCUACUAACAAGUACUGCUAUAUUCUCUUCCUCUGUGCCAUAGAGAUCCAUUGUUGUCCUAAAACUAUUAAGUAGAUAUAGAAGUUUCUGUGCUAGUCUAAAGGCAGCGGUCUGUGCUGAUGUAAGAUGAACGUACAGUUUUGCCUUCAGCCUGCUGUAGCAGUGGUUGAUUUGAGGUAUCUGGUUAGGGAUGACUCAGCGGGGAAAAGUUGUUAGAAAUGGUUUGCAGAGAGUUCAACUAGUGCAGCCUGUUGGAGGUCAUACAUGGCCUGUGGGUAAGCUCCGUCUGAGAAAUUUAUUUGAUGUGGGCUCACACAGUGAGUCUAAAUAGGGUUAUUUUAACUGAGAAAGGGCAGUGAUUGGUAGGCCUGUCAUUUGAAAAUUCUCCUGGUUUAACCAUUUUUUGUGAACAUAUUGAAUUGAUCGGAGAAAACUGCAAGGUCUUACUGCUGUUACAUGUAAUGUGGGAAAUGGUUGAAGUGUAAUGAAUUCCUUCUAUUUGGAAGAUCACAAAGGGGACAUCUUGAAACAAGUCAGAGUAAGUCCCACUGGUGCUGAAAAUCGCAACAUUUCAAUUCAUUUCAACCCAUUUUUCCAUAUAUACUCUCAAGCCCCCAGGAAGAGCGGUAGGGUUUGAAGCCAUUUGAUAUAGUGGCCAAACCAUGUAAUUACAGCAAUGGCAUUGAUUGUGUAAUGCACACUGGCCCAAAAAGGUUACAUUGUGAGAGAAGCAGCAGUAAAACUAAUUAGAAUUUGAUCCAUCCAAUCCGCUAAAAUUUGAAAAGUCAAAGUCUCUUAGCAGAAUUUGUUAAUCUAAGCCUGAAAUUGAUAUGGGUUGAUCGGAAGUUUCUAUAUUUAUUAGAAAACUAUUUACAGAAGAGCUUCAGAGUUAAGGGCAACAUACAUUAUCUGUACUGGAUCUAGCUGAGUACUCGCACAACCCUAGUAGUCGACUUAAGUCGCUGCUACACUCACUUGGCUACUGUUCUCGCCUGCUGCUGUGCAUACAGCAUUUCAAAAGAUACGCCUUCAUCCCGACAUCCACCUGUAGGCUCUGUGGGAACUAAAGCUGUGUUCGCACUGGGUUAGUGUCACUCCCUGCUGUGCCAAGCUUAAUGUUUCGAGGUCAGAGUGUAGACAAAUAUCAAUGCUGUGCAUAUACCGCGGUCACAUAAUAAUGCAGUGCCUUGCUCAAGUGCAGCAACAGUGUGAUGACACUGGGGUUUGUCUGCUGUCUGCUGAGCUCUGUCCGUAACAACAAGGCAAUUCUCUUCUAAAUUUGAGAAUAGUGAGAAUACAUUGUACAAUAAAUUACCUCAAAAGGUGUUGAGCAGCUUCCUCUGACCUCCGAAUCACUCCCUCCCUCCAUCCUCCCCUGCAUUACAUAGAAUUAUAUGCCAGGUCAGAACCCCCCCCAACAACACACCCACCUCCUGCACCCCCAAUAGCGGGGGUUAAUUGAGGUCGGCAGGGGGAGGGCGGACGUCUGAUUGACGUGGCCGGCGGGGGCCAGAGUGACGGCCUUUUACCAGGCCCCGUUGUUCAUUUUAAUUGUUGUCUCGGCUGUUUGUCGUCAGGGGCCGACACUCGAUGGUAGGACACGAGAGGGAUGGACGGAGGGAGGAAGGGAGACAGUGGAGGCAGAGAGAGAGAGGAGGGAGUGGACACCGGUGAUUUACAUUAAUAUGUACUGAAAUAAACAAGCGGAGAAGCCAUGCGUUAAAUCAACUCAGAGAGAGAGAGAGAUAGAGAAAGAAAGCCUCCAGGGUGAGAGAGGAAUAGAGGAGGAUGUGUGUGUGCUUGGAAAGAAGCGUUCUUUUUAUUGUUCUAUUACCGUGCAGUAGAUUUACACGCACAAAUACGCACGCACACACACACACAUACACACCAUGUCAGAUUUGAGGGCCUAGUGUGUCUGCUUUCUCUCUCCAGUAUUUUAGUAUUCUAAUCCAUCAUUGGCCUGACAUGGGGAUGCUGUCUCUCUCCUUCCUCUCUCCGUCUAUGUCUCUCUCUCCAUGCUACCGCACAUACACGGCAUCCAAACGGAAGAUAAAGGCAGAGCAGGGGGAAAAACAAACUCCACAGCAGGGAGAGCUUUAUCCAAAGAGAUAAAGAGGCGGAAUAAAGCGGCGACGGAGAGAUACAGAGGAAGUUGAAGAGAGGGGGGAAAAAGAAGCAGGAGAAGAAAAAUAGGAGGAAGGGGAUGGAAAUGGAAGUGGGAAAAGCGGGGAAGGAGAGGAAAAUGAAGGCAGGGAGAAGAAGAGGGUGAAGGGUUGGUGGGAUGGGCGAGAGAGCAAGAAAUAGAUACAGAGAGCGAGAGAGAGAUGUGUGUGUGUUGCAGUGUGUCGCGGCUGAAGCCUGAACCUCCCUGCUCCAUUUCACACUCUGUAGGUCCUGACGCAUCAGCGCUCAAAGACACACACACACACACACACACGCACACACACAUACACACAUCCACACAGGCUCUGUGCUUCUUUUUCGAUUUGUAAUUCACAAACACACACACGUUCGCCGCCAUUUCUCAGUCAUGCACGCAGAUAAACAAAGAUGCACAAACACACAGUCACAGUCGCUAAACUGAAAUUCCUGCAGCUCUUGCCCUUGACUCUCUCUGCUUCUUGGAUCCUUGCUUUCAAUCUAUUAUACUGGGUUCACAAAAUAUUAAAGGAAAAGUCACCUCUAAAACAUUGUAAUGCUUUUUUGAUAUUAACUUUGAUGCUUUUUCCCCCGCUAUUUUGCACCAAUGACCAACUUUGAUAAAGUGGGAAAUGUGUCAGAGUAGCACAGAGGUGAGUCAAAGAAGACCUGAUACAACUAAAAGGUUAAUUACAAGAGUGUACUGAUUUCCCUUAUGCUUAAAUUACAAAAGUGGUAUCUCUCCAUACGGAUGGUUUUGGCUUUAUUUUGAAAUAGUAGGCUCUGAGAUUCUUGCAUUCACAUUAAUAUACUGGAGAGGAACAGAAGUUUGAUUGUGACAUUGAAAAUUUUAAUUAAAAGUAAAACAGCAAUGCAACUAUCCAGAGAAAAAAAAUCCUGAUUAUUUUGGAUAAUCUUACAGCAUAAUAAAAACAGUUUUUUCAUAAUAAUAGGAUUCUUAUUAUAUUGUUCUUCAAAUGUCAUUUAUGUUUUGCUAACAGUGGCCCUGAUUCCCCAUAAAGGUAUAAGUGGUCAUUUGAGUGAACUGAACCACUGAAAGAUUAAUAUUGCUGUUUCAGAUUAGAAGUCAUUAUUGUAUCAUAUAAUAUGUGAAAGAGCUACUUGAUGUUUUCACUUACACCUUUUUGAAUGACGAGAUAUUCAUUUUAAGUUUGUGCGGCCUUUAAGAUGUUUAACCUAGCUAAGUAAAACAGACUGGAAGCAGGGGGAAAAUGCUGGCUUAACUUUAUUAAAACUUGAAAAAACAGAACUCUCAAAUAACUAUUAAAUAACUACAUAAGUGACCUUAAGGGCCCCUAGAAAGUUAAGUUUUUGGACCUCUGUAUUUCUAAAACCCUGCGUACAGCACUUAUGGUGAGGUACUCCAAAGCAACUCUCUUGUGUAAACACAUAGCUAGCUAAAUGCUAAGAAAACAGUACUGAAAAACCACCAAAAGGGUUAGGGUUGUGCUAAAUUAGGAUACUGGCACCAUUUUGGUCCAAUUCAGGCACUGGCUUUCAGAAUAUGUGCCUCACUUGGGGUUUUUACUGUAGUUGCGGUUUACGUAAACAAACCAAGUAGCCAACAGUUUGUAAGGCUGGAUUAGAGAUUCACGCACAAAAUAAAAACCCACAUUUCUGUCCGGAAGCACAAACACACCUACGUUAACAUUAUAAAAGACUUGGAUAUCAACAGGUUUUUGUGACAUGCGCAAAUACCAGAAUUUUUUGUGCAUAUUCAAUGUGGUUUUUACGAGCCGUUAGCAUUGGAGCUACCUCUUUACCAUCAAAAGCUGAGAAAAGUGACUGCGUGCACCAUCUCAAAAGAACUAUCUUCAUAGCGGGGUUACCGGAUCCAGAUGGUUGGAUAAAAACAUAAUGGCUCACAUCUGUAAUGUUUGUUGCAUUUUAUUGAAUCCAGUUUAUUGUUCUAAAAAUAAGUGCUUCAUUGCUAGCUCUACUGACCUGUUCUCGACAAGCAUUAUCACACCAUCUGCAGCACAGAUACUGGUCUGUUUAACAAGCAGUCAUUUGCCAAGACUCACAUGAACAAAGUACAUCACUUUAAAAAUAUGUUUUCAGAUUUUGCUUGAGGUUAGUUAUUUUCCCCAGCUUCUAGUCUUUGUGCUAAAUUAGGCUAAACACACAGAUUGAACUGAACUCCAUCUUCUCAUCUGACGUAAGAGGGGGUCGUAAAUGUUUGGCAUUCCUUUAAUAUGUAUCGGAAUAUUAACACCAUCUACGAUCUGCUGAAAGAUAUGCUAUUCAGAUUCCUUGAAGUGGGACUAUAUGACUUUGGCUGAACUGUGGCCACUUAGGCCACAAGUAACAUUUAAGGAAUAGGUUAAUGGUGUAUGCUAAAACAUAGUAUAACAGUAGCACAAGUAAAGAGAAACUGACUCAGUAAUAUCUAUCUAAAUUUUGCUAAUGUUAGUUAACAUUAGCCACUGUAAGCUUCGCUUAUAUCAGAUCAAGUAAGUGUGUCGCAAGUUUGUGGGGGAAUGUGUUAAAGGUUCUGUAAGUGAAAUCAGCAUUUUGACUAACUUCCGGUCCGUUCUUGCAGUUCUCUCUCCUCAGUGGAUAAAGGGGGAACCGGAUAGCAGAAAAUGUAUUCUGUUUACUGCAGAAAGGAGGGACAUCGAUGGCUGUCAGAAUGUAGAGCCAUUUAACAUUAAUUAUACCAAACUAUCACUUACAGCACCUUUAAAUUCCCAUUCAAAAUAGAUAUAGUCUCACUUUAAGUGGGUUAUCAGCUCCUUAGGGAGGAGGUAGACCACACUUCCCGGCCGGUAUCCACUAGAUGUAUCAUUUAAUCCAAAUACAGGUCAAAACUCUGAAACCCAACAAGCACAAAACCUCAUUUCUUUUCAAACUCUGUAGUGUUCAGUGUGAAGCAGCAGUGUCUAUAAACAAGCCUUGCACCUUUCAUUUGUUAAACUGUGUCAUAUUGUGUGUAAUAAGGGAAUUGUGUGCAAUGUCUUCUCAUUUGACAGUUCAUUAGCAUUGUUUUGUAUAAUUUCACCAAAUUCCAAGGCCCAUAUGAGAAUAUUCAUGCUGAUUUGGUAUUCAGUUGUAUAAUUGUCUCAUUCUUGUACACUCUGACUGGCUUUCUGUACAAUUAAAUAUCUAGUGGUUGAAUUGUUUGGGACUUCCUGGAGCUUCCUCUAGGACCCCCCAGGUAUCCCCUCAUGGACUCCUGGGACUUCCUAGACUCUUUUGAGAGCCACUUUACCGUACUGCACAUGAAAGGAGGUUUCAGAUGUGUUUCUGUUUUUGUCGUUAGCUGAAUGUUUUUUUCCGAGCCAACGCAGAUGCACAAGCUCGUCACCAUCGGCAUGUGUUGCCAUGGCUACCCCGGUCUCACCUAGGUUGCUGCACCCCGGGUGAUCCUGAAAGGUAAAUGGAGCUGAAUGAUCUUCGGAAGUCGGAUUCUUUUCAAUACAGCAACACCUGGCGAGGGCACGGCGGCCAUUUUUUCCCUGCUUGACUGACUGACUGACUGAACCCCCCUCCUCUUCCUCCCGCCUCCCCCACCUCUUAUCCCGGCAGGUGCCUGGCUGAAUGGGACAUCAUCGCCGUGGAGAUUGAGGCGAUGACACUUGCACACAAACACACACGCACACACAGUCACAGACUUGGAAAUGAGACUGGCUUUCAUGAGCGAGCGGCACAGUCUGACUCGAUGAAAAGUUGUCUCUCCGAAGGGAAGACAGCCGCGCGGAUUGAGCUGUCACUUGAAGGGAACUCUGCUCCGCUCUUUUCAUCCCUCUGUGUGAAAAUGGACGGAUCUCUCUUUCUCUUUCAUUCUGUCAAAUGUAAACCUUUCCUUUGGGUAAUUCCAAACUAAAGCCUGGACUCGGGAGAGACAAGCAGGUGGAGAUAAAUGUACUCCAUUUAAAGAACAUUGACCGAGGCUGAAAACACUCCCCAACCCCCCGCUUCCUGUCUAAAGCAUGUCAGUGUACAGUGCCAGAGUGAGGGAGGCAAAUCACCACAGGGCUUUCCCCACUCUCCCCCAUUUUAGUGUGUGAUCCAUCUUAACGCUCCUUUGGUCCUGUGCUGCCUGUUGGACUGUUGGUGAAACUUUGACCGUUUCUUAGACACAUGAACUCCAACCGGUCUCUCCUGCACACACACAAAAAAAAACUAGAAGUAAACAUUGACUCCAGUCAAUAGAGAUUGGUGGUUGAUUGGUUUUAAACUGUGUUGGUGAAAACCUAUGUAUCUCUGGGGGGCAUAUAUGCAGCCUCGCAUGAAAUAUUUCUAUUUCUGACUCAUUCGUUGACAUUUUGCCCUGCUGAAUGUGCCCCCGAGGGGAUAACACUCCAUGCCUCUGCUGUGUUCACCUGUGAAUAAUAAAAUAAAUGUACAAGCUGACAUUUCCUUACCUUGA